AUGUCCACACGUGAUAGCAUUGGGAGCAGUGAGUCUAGCGAUAGUGAUGUGUUAGGAACAGGGAAUAGAUUCCUCGAGGACCAGGUCAAUGCGGUCAAUCAGAAUGUGGCCGCCGCUGAUAGUCACGUGCGAAGUAUAGCCGACGUCGAGAACAUGGACUUCAUCGACGACGGACGGAAUAGUGGAAGGACAGGAAUGGAGACGGAUAGCAAUGCUGAUAGAGAUCGUUUCGGCCUCAGCUUGUCAGGACCGCUUACUGUAGACGUUAGGUCGAGCGCUGCGGAUAGUAUGUUAGUGCCAGGGCCACCGCCAGGACUGCCGGAUAGAAGCUUGGAGAUCGUGGCGACGCUGGAUAGUGUGGGGAGGUCGGGAGGGCUGGGCUAUGCCGGGAUAGCGGACACGUCAGGCACUCAGGGGAGGGACGCAGGCGAAGAAUUGCGGGAGUUGCUCGCAGUCCCGUCAAUCGCAGAUAGAGGGGAUGCAGUGAUGCAGCUCAGCAUGCUUGCAAGCAGUCCUGUAGUAUUCGAUCCAGUCAUGGGAGCUACAGAUUUAAGUGAGUAUAGGGCCGGAAGAGGUGGGAUAGAGGCAGGAAAUGCUAGGACUCCGACGCUUGCUAUCGAGGAUCUGGCUGGAUUAGGUGAAAGGAUGGAAGAGGGGCCGUUCGCCAACCCCUCCGAGACUGUGCUCCACGGGACGGAUCAAGAGACGACGGGAGAUACCAAGGGAACCACCGGAUCCAGGAUAGAAAUCGCAAUAGAGGAUAGAGUGGAUAGCCUUGCAGUGUCAUCAUCGUCAGAUCACGAUAGGACGAUCAGGAGAAAUGAUGAUGGGAUAGAUGCAAUGAUGAAUAGUGGUGAGCUUGGUGCUGAAGGCGAUCGCAUGAGAAGUGCGGAUAGCGGACACUGGAUGGGCAGAAAGAAUGGAGACGACAUCGUUCCCGGAGUGUAUUCGAAUAGUGCGGCCAUGAUUGGGAAUGUCGGUAUCGAUCCUACAGAUCUGGAGUUGAUAGCCAAGGGAUCUUCAGCGGUAGCACAGAACAUGAUCAGUGAGAGCGAUGAUAGAGCGCUGUCUGUGUUUUCGUCAACAGGGCUGUCGGAGGCAUCGCCAGGCGGGAAUGUUGAAGCGUUGAAAGAUGUGGGGAUGGGUCAAACUUCGACGAUCGGAAUAGAGUGGGGAUCCCAUGGGAUCCGGAGUGCUCUCGAAGAAACGGGGGUCAUCACAGAUGCAGACUUCGUGAAGUUCUUCACGGAUCAGGCACCGGGUAACCCAGGCUCAACGCCCAUGACGAUGCACUCGGAAUCACAGGAGCGAUGGAACGUGGAUGAGGGACUGCGUAAGCAACGAGCGGAGCAGGCCGUUAAGGAGAUGAACCAGAUAGCCGAGAGCGUCCCCGCAGCCAAGAAGUCGAAAUCGACAGAAAUUGGGGGACCGAUCCAUCAGGCAGGAAUGAUCACCCCGGAUCAGGGUAGCGAGGGAUGGGGCAAUCGAUCCCCGGCUCCACGAUCCCCUGGGAUAGGUGGGCAAUACGAGCACUUCGGGAUCAAUACUCCUCCUGAAGGACGAGGCAGGAACGAUGAGAUGAGGGCAACAUCAUCCCCACCUAGGCGGGCAAAGGUGAGAACUCCUGCCGAUCCGGACAAGUCUUCGUUAGGAGAGAUAGACGGCAGGAUAGAUGAUUCACAGACGGUGGUUGUGGACACGCAGACCGACGUAGCCAAGCUUAAAGUGGCAAGUGAAUGUGCAAGUGCAAUUGCUAAUAGUUCAGCGGAAAAGGCGGACGUCGUGAGCAAGAGAUUGGUGGAAUGCGAGGAGGAGGUGAAGCACUGGAAAGGUUGGAUAGAAUCGCAGCAGAUAGAUACCAAGACAACACUGUCGCAGGAGCUGAAAGAGAUGAGUCGGAUCAUGGACGGGAGCGUCAGCGAGGAUAGGAUGGAUGAUGCAAUGGCUCCGCAACUGACCGAGGGAGCAAUACAGCUCGCACGGAGAAUGAGACGGCAGGUUGAAAACGUGAAGGUGCUCAAGACCUCUGUUACGACUAGAUUGAAGGGAGUGGAGGAGCGAUUGUCCACAGCGGAGCAUUCAGCGGACAUAGCCAAACAGAGUGCCGGGACGAAGAUCGCCACGUUAGAGACAGGAUUGAAUGAGGUAAAACGUGGCAUAGGAGUGGUCUUCUCGAGCAUGCAAAUGCGACAUGAGAAUGGAACAUGGAAGAAUGAGAGGCUCGAUAAAGUGGAGACAGUUUUGAAUAGACAAUGGGACCAGAUCAAGUUAGCGGGCGAGGAACUAAGGAAGUUGAAGUCCAAGGGGAGCCAGAAGGGUCACGGCUUGUGCAUAGAUGGAGCAGUGCGUGUAGAGACCAAGAAGCUGAGUGAAGUGGUUUUGGCACAGAAGGAACACAUAAUGACCGUCGCGAGAGAGGUGAUAAAGAACCGCAAGAGCGUGGCCGAGAUUGUGGCGGGCAUGACAAAGGUUCACAAGACUUGCGAGAAUGUCGUGGCAAGGACCGAGCGGGUUGAUGAAAAGAGAAACGGAGAACAGGCCUGGGUGAAAGAUACUGUGCGAAAGAUGGAAAAGACUAUGGAGUCAAUGUCGAGCCGUAUGAUAGAUGAGCAGAAGAGGGUCACGGGCGAAUUUAUCCUUGUCAAUGCUCGAAUUGAUGAGAGCACACGGAACGAAGGGAUAGGCAAAACGCGAGGAAACAGCGCGGAGAUAGGAAAGCCACCGACGAUGUCACGCGGGCGAGAUGGUCCCGGCGGAAGUCGGGGAGCCGAUGGAAGAGCCAGGAGCGACAACGCCCGAGGAAUGGAGGCUUCGAGGCCGGAGAUGACGGGUCCCGUAGUUGAUCGGAGGAUCGAGAACAGAUGCAUUGUGUUAGAACAACAGGUAGCCAAGAUCACUGGUCAAUUGCAGGGAUUAACCACGGUGAAUGAGCGGAUCGUGAAGGAGAACGCUAGCCUGAUCAGCGAAAUAGAAAGCAUGAAGGGGGAGAACAAGGGGGUGACAGAGUCGGUAGCGCGGAUGGUUCGGGACAGCAGAGAUGAGAUAUCUAAAAUGAGAGCGGAUCUUGAUCUCCGAGGUAGAGAGAUGCUAGAACUCAAGGAGAAGAACGAGCAGUUGGAGGCAACGGUACGGGAGUAUGAACGGAGACUGGAGCAGGUGAGACGAAACGAUAGCCUUAAAGCAGAACUGGAUAGCAUGUGGCAUAGAAUCGGUGAGAUCGGCAAGCAAAGCUCCGAGUACGCCAUGCCAGCGCCGGGUGUGGGAGGUGCUUCGAACGCCGGCUCCGCAAGACCAAGUGUCGGUGCCACGCCUGCGCCGAGAUAUGCGGGGACAGGACUUCCGAGGCCGCAGAGUGGACGCGAUCAUGAGGGGGACGAUGCCAGGUUCAGAAAUCCGGUAGGCGGGGGGUAUAACAAGUUCAAGGACACCAGAGGGAUGGAGAAAUGCAACGAGAUAUCGAUAGCGAAGGAGCCAUCAUCCGGGGAAGUAGGACUGUGGCUGGGCGAUGUUGCACACACUGCGAAGGCUGCGUAUCUGUAUGACGGGGACUAUGCAUACACGCAGGUAUUGAGGGUGCGCGAAAGGAGCGAAGCGAUGAUAGACAUGGAACUCAAGUAUCCUGCGUUAGAGAACCAGCUUUUUAGCGGAUUGAAGAGAGCAAUAAAGUCAGAGUCCUUGUCGGCGAAGGUGAAGAUGGAGAUGUACAAGACUCAGCAAGUGGGAGAUGGAAAACCGAUGACGGCCAUGAGAUUGCUUACGCUGAUAGUAAAGCAUGUUGAGAUCCCGAUUGCUAAAGAGAGUCAGGUACUGUACGAUGGCCUGAGUAGCACGAAGGUGAUGAAUUUCCCGGGGAAGCCCGAAGAAGAGGCACUGGAGGAGUUCAUGACUAGAUGGGAUCUGGCACACACGAACCUUAUAGGGCUGAAAGGCAAUACCUGGAGCGAGCAACAGCUGGGAUGGAUGUUGCAUUCGAAAGUGCAGAGAGUUCAGGUUCUGAACCACGAUAUUGAGGCAUGGAGAUUGCUUCCGGAUGAGUCCAAGACGCAUACCUGGUUGCGAAAGAGAAUCAAGGAUAGACUGGAGAUGUGGAGAGCGGACAAGAACAUAGAUGAGGCCUCAAUGCGGGUGAGCCGACAGGCGUUCACGACUGGAUAUGCUGCGAUGCCGGCUCAGCAGGGAUCCUAUAGAGCGGAAGAGGUCCUCAAGAAGGCCAGCGAGGAUAGUCAGGUGUAUGCGGCCAUGCCUGUGGUACGACAAAGAGACGAUGGACACACAGCUGACAAGAUGGUACGAAAGUGCAAAAACGUACACAAGAAGGGGUAUGUACAUGAUGUGAAACGAUAUCCCGUGAUUGAGGAGGCAAAGGCAAGGCUACGAGGAAUAUCCCUAGCCGAAGAGGUCGUGCUGGACAUACUUGCCGGAGAGCAAGGCGAGGAAGGUAAGGAUGCUUCAAGACUGGCUGAUAGGAUAGUGGAGGAAUGCAGGAGAAUAGGUAUAGUCGACGAGAGAUUCCGCGUGGAUAGUCGAGAGGAUAGUCAACCGGCGGCGUCUGCACAGCAUUGUUUGCCAUCGGUAAUGAGACGAUGGAUGAUAGACUCGGGGUGCGCUAUGGAUCUGAUAGCAGAAGCAGACCUCACCCAGGAUGAAAAAGAUAUGGCUAUUGAGGCGAAGAAAGUGCGGUUCAACACCGCCAACGGCAACACCACGUCAAAGCAAGAAAUAUGCAUGGAUAUUCAAGGGAUGCCUGAGACGAUGAGGAUUAGAAUGCUCGAGAGUACUCCCGCUGUUCUAUCGAUGGGGAGGAGAUGUAUGAAAAUGGGAUAUUCGUUCCAUUGGCUGGCGGGCGCGAACCCCGUGUUCGUCAAGCCUGAUUCGAGCUUGAUAGUACUAAAAGUCAUCGGGGAUAUCCCAUACAUGGUGGAUAGAAUGUCAACGGUCGUUAGUGAAAGUGAGCGGAGUGACUAUCACAUCUAUCCUGCUAUGCCAGCGCCUCUUGCGAUUGAAUUGCCCGUGCGAGGAAAUUCCAGUCCGAGGAGGAUCGGAGAGAAACAGGAUGAAUGUAGUCCCAAAAGCGUGGACUCGGACACGGAUAGAGACAUCGAGGAGGAACCGAUAGGAAAGGCCGCCAACGACGACGGGAGGCUACUAGACAAGUGGAUGUUAACGGGUAAUAAGGCGGUGUGUUUCCACAACAAACCAAGAACGAAGGCUUGCGAUCCAUGGUUUGAAACACUGAGAUUCCCAGAGAUACAUGCACUUGUGCCGCGAUUCGCCGAGAGAUGUAGAUCCAAACGUGUGUACAAAGAUGGCCAAACCGUGGCGGAAUGGAUAGACUGGGUGGAUAAGUACAGUGAGGGAGAGAAUAGAGAAGCGGAGGAGGAAUUGUGGACCGGCAAAACCAUGUUCAAGAUAGAAGGACUAACUUAUGAAGGAGCGGAUGCCGGGGAAGCGGCACAGAGCGAUAGCGUGAAGGUGAGAAAGCACAUUUUAGACAGGAUAGCCACGGAUGAAACCACGGGGUUAAAUGACCUGCUGAUGAUGCUGGACAAGACCAUUGGUACCAGCGGCGAGGCCGAAACGCUAGUCCGGAUAGCCAAAUCGAGAAAUGGACCAGAGCGGUGGGGAUACUCAUUUAUCAGUUGGGCACAGAAGCAGGAGUGUCGUGACGACGACAUCAUCAUACUGCGCGUGUGCAUGCUUGUGGUGAUAGGAAAGGACCCCGAAACAUAUUGGGAUGAGACGCCAGAUGGAGGAUACGCGUCAUUGUGGGCGACUGAAGAAUGGGAUAGGACGAGACCAGGGACCGGAGCGACGAACGAUGGCGAUGAUAGAAGCAAGGGCGAGAUGAACGAGUCACAAAACUGGUCGGAGUGGGCACCGGGAUUAGUGCGAGCUAUCAAGGAGACUAUGCGUAAGCACCACCGAAUUUCAUCAGUGGUCGAAAAGGGGAUAGACGAGAGGAAUAGGGAGACAACGGCAGAACAAGACGAUGGUGACGGUCGACUGAGAACGACGUUCUACUGCGCCGCGUGUAAGGCCGAUUCAUCCGGGGUAUGCGGUUUUUGUGAAAGAGCUUUGAGUCCUGAGCAGAUUGAGGCGGGGCAAAGCGCACGCAAUAUGACGGAUGCGGAGUUUCAGCUCAUCCACGGAAUGAAGAAGAGUCCGGAUGACGACCUAAGGAUCGCGGAGCAAGUCGUCGCUGUACCCGGCGAGGAAGAAAGCGCCGAAAACGGAGGCGAAUUGGAUGAUGAUAUAGAUUUGCCAGGAAUAGCCGAUGAAGAACAGGCUAGAAGAGGAGUGGGAGAGCCUCAGAAGGAUGAUAGCGCCGGUGACGUGGGAGAAGUGGAACAAGCAAAGGCAGAAGACGGACCUGCGGAUCAGGUUCGAGUUGCGGAUAGAAUUGGCGAAGGGAUAGGGUCGAGCAAAACUGUGAGCAUCCGGAGAGCAAGAUACUCACCGGAGUAUGCAAAAUCGACGGAACAUUUGCUCACGCAUCUCCCAAAGAACAUGCACUGCGUUGCUUGUCGACAAGGCAAAGCAAUAAACGUCCCUUUCAACAGGGGCGAAGGCAUCACAGACAAGGGCGCCGAGAAGUUCGGGGAGAGGGUCACUGCUGACACGAUAGUUCUUCGCAGCAACAAAGACAAGGGAAUCCGCGGAGAAAACAAUGCAAUCGUGAUGUUCGACUUCAAGACACAGUGGAUACACUGCACGCCCGUAAAGUCCAGGGGAACGGAUGAGUUUGUGCGAGCUAUCAAUGAGUUCCGAGGCCCAGAUAUGGUAGUGCAUCUGUACGCAGACGGAGCCGGUGAAUUCUCAAAAGCCUGCGACGUCAUAGGAACUUGCAGGGCGACUUCUACACCCGGAUUACCCCGAACGAAUAGCAUAGCGGAGCUCAAGGUCAAAGAAGUAAUCUACGGUGGCAGAGUAUUGCUGAGACAAGCAGGACUAGAACCGAAGUGGUGGCCGUACGCUGUGCAGACGUUCUGCUUCCAUAGGAACGUACAACAAGUGGACGGGGUAAGCCCGUACGGGAAAAGACAUGGCAACGAGCAAGACAAAGUGAAACUGAUUCCUUUCGGGGCACUUGUUAACUACCUCCCCAUUGCCGAAAAGCCUAGAAAAGCUGGCAAAGAGGACGCGGCCCUGCUCGAACGGGGGGAUCCUGAAAAUGACGCUCUUGAGAUUCUCGGAGCUGAUGAAGAUGUUUCGAGCAUGGCCUUGCCCUCUGAAACGAAGGAAACUAAAGAACAACGCUCGCAAAGGGAGGAAGAGCUGAGAGAGAUCGAUAGACGUGCGCUCGACAUGGUCAUGACGCAGGACUUUGAUGUGCAGCAUGCAAAGGACAUCAUCCUGAAGUUCACUUCGAUAGAAAAAGGAAUAGCGAAGAAUUCGCGGAGCAUGGCCACCGGUAGAGGGUUCAUAGUCCUGGGGCUGUAUGCGUACGGAGGAAAGAUUGGCGUUACGAAUAGUGCCAAAGAAUAUCCGGGGAUAGCCAUGGUGUGCUGCGAGCUGAUAGCAAAAUGCUUCCCAGAAGCUACUUUUACAACGGUGAUUGUGUCUGUCGGAACCAGGAUGGGGCCUCACAAGGACAAGUUUAACGAGAGCCAGACAUACAACUUUGUUGUACCGGUAAGCGAGAGGGCGGGCGAAGCUAUGAUCUGGACAGAAGAGGAACAGUGUGCGAGUGAGGGUGGCAAGGCCGCCGGGAUAGAGAAAGAGGUGCUUCCGGGAAAAUGGAUAUGGGGAAGGACUCGGAAGGUGGAUAGUGGGCUAAAGUUCAAUCCAAGAGUUUGGCAUGCUACCGAAGAUGCCUUGGCGCCGGAGGAUAGAGUGAUAGCGGUGGGAUAUACCCUGGCAGCGGGUAAAAAGGCAUCUGUGGACGACAAGUGGAAGUUGAUGAGGCUGGGCUUCAGAUUGGAUGAGCACUUUGCGACAUUAGCGGAUGGCUUAUGCCAGGCAGCGUGUGCAGACGAUGGUGGGGAUGGGGAAGAAUAUGUAGAUCACGACGCCGAGGAAGAGCAAGCGUAUGCCGUGGCAUCCAAGGCGAAGUUCGACACUCCGACAUCACCCGGGUUGUUCCUAGGUUACGCGCUCCAACCAGGGGGUGUUCCGAGCGGAGACUAUAUAGUGGUUGAGCUGGCGCACCUGUAUCACGGAUGGACGGUACCGUCGAUACACCGCGUGAAGAGGAUAGUACUUGACGAGGAGAUGCCCAACUACUUCCCGACGCAAGCUGUGGCUGAUAGGAAGUCGAGAAUCAUGACAGCGACUCGAGCUGAUGCCCUGGCCAGAUUGGAACUGGAGAGAGAGGGGCAGCAAGGAGAGGAGACGGAGGAAAUCUUCGCAGAGGAGAGAAGGGUACGAGCCGAUGUGAUGAGACAAAUUAAGUGCGACGAUCAGCAUCUUCAAAACGGGGAUUUCUGGGAACAUGAUGAGAUAGACCAUUCGUGGACGCUUCAUCACAUCUUACCCCGAAAGGAGCUGUGUACCCCAGGCGAGGAGGUCAAAGGUACAGGUGGCCCCGGGGAUAGAGAGCUGGGUCCAAGGAGGCGAACGUGGAUAGUGUACGCCGAUGGUACAUCGGAGGUGCUGGAUGAGGAUAGAAUGAAGGGCAAGAAGAAGAUCACCAAGAAAUGGACGGGGUGCACUACGUUCUGGGAAAAGGGGGAGCCUGAGGGAGAGAUAGAUGAUGAAGCCAAGGAGCGGGCGCGGGGAGAGAAGGCGACGGGUAUACGGGGGGUGGGUUUAGACUACGAACAAGACAUGCCCAGAAUAGAGCGGCCGUACGCGAGAUCUCACAAACCCAACUCCAUUUCGUCAGCAGAGUGGAAUAGGAUGAGCCCGGGACAGCGACUACGUUAUAUCGAGGGAGACAAAGAGAGGAUCAUCAGAGGAGAGAGGCCCCCUUCGGCCGUUCGAGGGCAAGAGGAAAUAGGACCGCGUCCCGCAGAAAUUGGAGUUCGAGAAUGGAUGGAGAAAAUCACCGACCAUGGCCAGGAAUUCUCACCGCCGGAGUACCGAUGGGAUCCCCCACCGGGAAUGCCUGAGGGUGGCCGAGUAUGGGCAGUAAGAAACAAUCGCGCCACAUCCUACCGAUUCUAUGGCGGAAGGGACAAAAGACGGCUUGAGCUCUGGUGGAGAGUCACUCGGAGCGCUAAUACUGGAGAGGUCUUAGAAUCCAUUGAGUACGACUCUUGUAUACAGGCAGAGAUGAUGCGCAAUAGAGGGAGAUACCGAUUCGUUGUGCCCAGGGACAUCAUCACGGAGUUCUGGUACAUCCCCGACGGAGGAGAAGACCGACGAAUCAGGGAUAGAGGAGAAUCAGCAGAACCUGCUGCACCGGCGUCCAGGAUGGGGGAUACUGAGGAGGUUACGAAAACCAUCAACCAAUUGUGCAGCACAGCUGGAAUAGCGCGAACGCCGUCCGACAACAUCGUUGGGGAAAUGAUGAGGGAGUUGGGCGAACAGCCUAAAGUGCAGAUCAUGGGGGUCGGAUUAGAAGAGAUCGGGGGUAACGGAGGUGAGAACGUAUCUUGGAUAUCGGGGGAAGGAUGCGUGAUAGGAGAGGGUGUGACGGAUGUGGUCAUUGCUAUCGAUGCGUCUAGCGACGGCAUGAGGACAGAGGUUGAUCGGAAGGCAUCCGGGUGGAGACGUGAGGAAGGCCUAGAUAGUACGCGAGAGGCUCGAGAAAGAGUAUUUGGCAAUGUAGAAAAGGUUAUCACAGACGCCAACAGCAGAGGAAUAGUGGCCACGAUCAUCUGGAUAGGCGGUAAAAGUCGAAUGGCUGACGAGACCAUUGUUCGAAUGGCGCUUGCCUGGGACAUGUGGAUAGUGCGGAGUGAUGGAUGCAUGCUGGGUAUGCAUGACGGGGUAGACGCGUCGUGUUACAUAGGAGUCGUCACACCAUGCAUGAUGAAUGCGAUCGCGGCGGACAUGUUAGCAUGCGAUCACAUGCCAAGGGAUCAUGACUUGAUGUCGCGCAUAGUGAGGACAUCGGACGCGAAAAUAGACGUACGGCGAGAGCAGGAGGGUAAAGCGAUACGCGAAAUGAUCAAGGUGUUAAAGGACGUGAUAGACAUCUGCGGCGAGGAAGAGGGUGAUUCGGUGUCGAUGGCAUGUGAAGAACACGAGGGAGACUAUCUCGGAUAUAGCAGUGGUAUGGUGACACUGGACGUGGACUCCUUGGCACAGCUGGAAAAGGGAACGAUUAGAGGCGACGAGAACUAUGCUGCUGCGGCGGCCGAGGAUGGGGCACCAUACAUCAGUCGUGAGGAGAUCAGAUGGAAAAGAUGCAUAGUUAUGAACAAUCCUGGCCGAGAGGCAUUGAGGGAGAUCUUCGGACCACGAGCGAAACACACACAAGAUCUGCGCGUGAUCCUGGUUGACGGCGACGACAUAGGCAAGGUUAUGAUGACGAAGCAGAACAGUCGCCGCAUCAGACAUAGCACCGGAGGGGCCGCAGUAGCUUACCCUGGAGAAGAGCUUGAGGUGGGAGACCUGAACGGGGACGGAUGGAUGAUAGUGCUGACCGGGGAGAGGGAGAACCACGACGCAGAUCGGCGCCAUGACCAAGAUAGAGAGGAAAACCCCGGAUUCGACGACCAGAGCGAUGUGUUUGACUCGGAAGGAUGGACGUUGUCAGACCUAGAAGAGGAACGGGAACCGGUGGAUGAGGCAUUCUUCAGGGCCGGACACGCCGAAACCAUUAACCUCGAAACUAUGGAGAAGGGCGAAUGCAACAUAGUCAUGUGGGAGGCAGAGAGGAACGCACUAGUCCUCGAACUAAAGGACGACAUCCACGUUCCACUGAUAGGAUACACCUGGGUUCGUACUGGGAUAGCGUAUCCGGAAGAUCCUGGCACCAGUGUAAGAGUGUCUGCGCUCGGGCAGCUUGUGGCAGAAACCAUGUGCGACGUCAUAGGAUACGAGGUAUCACCUGAGCGAGAGAUCCUGGUGGCUAUACAGAAUAGAAAUAGCUUUCCCAUCACGUUUGGAGGAGGAGGGGGGCCAAUCAUGAGAAUGGAAUUCGCUAAGGGAGUAUGUCUACGGCCGAGGAUGCGCGGGUGCAUGAUGCCUGAGAACGUGAAGGAAGUGAGACAUCGUAGGGCACAUCGGGAGAGCAAGAAAGCAAUCUGGGCAAGAGAGGCCCGUGCGAGGGAAAGAGACAGGGAUAGUGUGGAUCAUGGGCUGAGAGCAAGGAGGAGUAGAGAUGAGGAUAGGCGGCGAAUCGGCAUCAAGCAUGUCUCGAAUAGGACAUACAAGUGCCGAGAAUGUCGACGACUGUUGGAGGGAAAAGCCAAGGUACCUAGCUUGAUCCUCACGUCGAUGACGCUUUGCUUCGCAUGCUUCAUGAACAAGCAUACUACACCCGUUGAUAAUUUGAUCCGGCAGGGUUAUCAGACUGAAGACGAGGAGUAUGGAGAUGGAAUAGUCGCAGUCCCUGCUAUACAGGUGGAUGCAGAUCAAGAGGAUAGUUGGGAAGAGGUUGCGGAAAAUGAAGUGUGUGAUAGCAUCGACGAGACAGUGGGAGAGUGUGAGCCACUGAUGGCCACAAUCAUAGAGGACGAAGAGGAGGACAUCGAGGAAGUUUUCGGACUUGUCGCUAGACCCGUGACGAAGGCUGAGAGGGCGAUCAACCCCAAGGCUCGGGCAGCGCUUGAUAAAGAAUGGAAAAAGCUGAUGGAUCAAGUGGUCUGGAUAAUGGAGGAGGUGCGUUCGUGGAAGGACGUUCAACGGGAGGCAAUGGAUAGAGGGGAAAUAGCUCAUGUAGGUCGUAUCUUUGACAUCUGUGUGGAAAAGAACUGGGAGCUUGCUGAAGACGAUCCUCUUAGAAAGUAUAAGGGGAGAGUUGUGUUUGAGGGAUGUCAUGUCAAAGACCAGGAGGGAAAGUGGGCCAUCUUUCAGGAAAUCACAUCAUGUCCCGCGACACUUGAGGCAGGCAAGAUGGCGGAUGCCUAUGGGAUGCUGCCAGGACAUGACAUCGAGAUGUCGGACGGUGAGUCGGCAUACACGCAGGUCGGCUUCGAAUUCCUCUCAGAUUGGCCUAGUGUGUUCUUCCAUAAGGAGCUGAAGCUGAUGCUGGUGAUCUACGUCGACGACUUCAAGCUUGUGGGGCCCAAAGAGAACUUAGAUGGGAGAUGA